AAUCGGCGGGGCCGGUGUUGGGCGGCGGUUUGAAAUCGCCGGUCCAGGAAGCGCGGCCGUGAUUGGGCGGCGGGCUGCCGGCGGGGGGCGGGGCCGGAGGCGGCAGCGGCGGCCUGAGGGGGCGACAAGAUGGCGGCGGAGCCCGUGGAGCUCCACAAGCUGAAGCUGGCGGAGCUGAAGCAGGAGUGCCUGGCCCGCGGCCUGGAGGCAAAGGGGAACAAGCAGGAUCUGAUCAACCGGCUGCAGGCCUACCUGGAGGAGCACGCUGAAGAAGAAGCCAACGAAGAAGACGUUCUGGGAGAGGAAAUAGAGGAGGAAGAGCAGAAGCCGGCGGAGCCGCCCGUCAAAGUGGAAGAGCCUCCCGUAAAAGCGCCCGACGUGAACACGGAAAAGAAAGUGGUGAAAAUAACCUCAGAAAUCUCGCAGAUAGAGAGGAUGCAGAAGAGGGCCGAACGCUUCAACGUGCCCGUGAGCCUGGAGAGCAAGAAGGCGGCGCGUGCAGCUCGGUUUGGUUUGGCCCCGGUUUCGACUAAAGGCCUCUCCGCAGACAGCAAACCUACGGUAAACAUGGAUAAAUUAAAGGAAAGGGCUCAGAGAUUUGGGUUGAAUGUCUCUUCGCUCUCCAAGAAGAGUGAAGAAGACGAGAAGCUGAAGAAGAGGAAGGAGCGGUUCGGCAUCGUGACGAGUUCAGCCGGGGCUGGAGCUACAGAGGACACAGAGGCAAAGAAGAGGAAAAGAGCAGAGCGCUUUGGGAUUGUCUGAUGCCGGCCCUCCCUAGCUUCCCCCCACUUGCAGUGUGCCUCGAGUGCGUGCAUACUCCUCCUCCCUUCUCUUUCCCCCCACUUUCUCUCACACUCUGUUCCUCUAGGUUUUAGUGAUGGGUAGACAGGGAACCCCCCGUAGUUGUAUGAUUGUGCUACUUACUCUUUCAAGUUACGAUUUUUUUAAAAAAGAAGUAGGGCAAAAAGAAGGAACUGUUCUUAUCGCAUCUUUGGUAGCCCGAAGUCCCGCAGCCUGGUCCUUCCCCGGCUGUCGUCGGCACGGCUCCGGGUUAAGAAUUCACGGUUGCUGCGGGAGCGAGGAGCUGUUGGAAGUGUUUGGUGUUUGCUGUCUCGAUGCUGCCUCCGUCUCUUGGUCCUCUCCUCCUUUACCUUGUGAAAACGCGCCCCGAGGCUCGGCGGUGUCGGCGGCUGGGACAAGGACGCUUCAUCGGGAGAGCACGACGUGGGAUGCGGGCUCCGCUCUGCGCCCCGGCAGGUUGUGUGGCGGGGAAGGAUUUGGUCUCGUGUUUUCAGGAACGGAGGAGCAGUGGCGCUUUGGUAGCCGGCGCUCGGGGCAGUUUUGCAGCUGCCUUCCUUCCCAGGGUGAGGCUAGCAGGGAUCGGCAGAGCGGGGGUGGCCGGUUAACCUUAGAUCGAGACCGGUGUCC